AACUUCCUGGAGGCUGUUCAGCUCACGGGACACGGUUCAGCACGCGCGCCAGGCUGCACUCAUUCCUGGCCUGUCACUUGCCCCUCGCGAUCGGCGUUGCUCACUCAGUCUAUAUAUACGAGAGGCUUUCAAGUCGAAUGUGCUCUCGUUGAGCAAAGCCGCACGCAAUAACGGCUCGUUCUGAUCGCAGGAGAGAGAACCAUGACGGGCGCAUCCAAGCCCAAGCAGAUCAAGCAGAUUGGCGUGACUGAAGUCUACCGCUCGCAGGCUGAGAAACCACUGGUCGAUAUCGUCUUCGUACAUGGCCUCAACGGCCAUCCCAAGGAUACAUGGACAAGUCGCAAUACAGAUGUGUUCUGGCCGGGCGACUUGCUGCCUGAGAUCCUCGAGCCGUAUCGAGUGAGGAUCCUGACAUACGGAUACAACGCGAACGUCACAGCAUUCACGGAGGGCACAUCGAAGGACAGAAUCCACCAUCAUGCGGAGACUUUGGGAGCGGACCUCUCAGCUAACAGAAAUCUGCGGGGAGCUUCAGAAAAUCCUAUCAUCUUUGUUUGUCACUCGUUGGGAGGUCUAAUCGUAAAGCGCGCUCUGAUAUAUUGUCGAAGCGUGGCAAAUGAGAAGCUGGAGCAUCUCAGAUCGAUCUACGUCUCGACUUAUGGGAUCCUCUUCUUAGGAACGCCGCAUGAGGGUUCAGAUAUCGCGAAAUGGGGUCUCCUACUGCAGAACAUCUGCAGCGCAGUGCUUCCGAAGAGGUUUAUGGACUCGUCGCCUCAACUUAUCAAGGCUCUAAAGUCGGAUAGCGAGACUCUGCAGAACAUCAGCCGCUUGUUCGUGGACAUCCAGCCUCGGUUCCGCAUCUACUUCUUCCACGAGACAAAGCCCACGGACCUAAAGGGCACGCGUGAACUCAUCGUCGACGAACGUUCUGCUGCCCCCAACUUUGACGGAGUGGAGCGCAUGGGUAUCGAAGCGGAUCACAGUCAUAUGUGCAAGUUUGACGAUGAAGAUGCACCUGGCUACGAAGCAGUCGCUGAUGCGCUCAUACGCUAUGCGCGCGACGCCCCGGCUUUUAUCGCCAAUAGAUGGGUGCAGGAGAAGCGAGAAUUGAUGCUCGCGAGAAAGGCAAGGGCUGACGAGAUCUAUAAUGGGGGGAGGGAUACUGCUUUCACUGGAAGCAUGCCAGACAUUGGCCAGAAGGGCACUCCGAACACCUACCCCCCACGCCCAGCUUCGGAGGGAAUAAAUUCGCCCCUGUCCUGGAGUCUCGAGCUCCCGACACAGCAGAGCCCUCUUUUCGUUGUCCCACCAGGCUUCCACCCGAAUGCUUUCUUCGUCGGUAUGGAGAAAGAAUUGAAGGAGCUACAUUCGAGGCUGUUCAAGGCAAAAAAGCGCGCCGAACGCGUUACGGCCGUACUUAUCUGUGGAGGCCCAGGAUCUGGCAAGUCACAGCUUGCACGGGAGUAUAUUUACACACAUCGCCAGGAAUAUCCAGGGGGGGUCUUUUGGAUUGAUGCCAAAUCGUUACAGUCAACAUCAAACUGCUUCUGGGAUAUUGCUCAAGCGGCCGCUCUUGUCGAUGACCACGAGUUUGGAAAUCCAGACCUAAGAAACGCCGACAGAUAUGUGGAGAUCGUGCGAAACUGGUUCCAAUCAAGGGAAGAAUGGCUACUGGUAUUUGACGGCCUUACUUUCGACAAAGACGAGGAUAUCAACGAUUUCAAGCAGUUUCUGCCCUUCAACAAGAACAGCAGCAUCAUCUACACGUCUAUCAACCGGACACUGCGGAAGAAACAGCGAUUAUUUGAGCCAUACUGUCUGAUGGUACAACCGCUUAAAGUCGAAGAGGCUUGCAAGCUCCUCUUCAAAGACCUAGGGAUAAAACUGCCGACGAUAAAGCAAAGGCAAAAGGCGAAGGAGCUAGCUGAGUAUUAUCAGUGUUUGCCGCUGGCGAUUCAUGCAAUUGGCCAUCGUCUCAAUGCUUCUUCGAAGCCUAUUGAGACUUACCAGAUCAACUCUCACCUGACCGAUGAAAAGCUGGCAGAGCCAUACCUGAUCAUUAUGAAUGAUCUCUGGGUGAAUAAACACUACGAAGCGUUGAACUUGAUAAACUUGCUAUCCUUCUUGGGACAUCACGUACCUGUUGGCCUUCUUACCCUGGGGAAGUCGGAACUGGACGCCUUCAACGUCCAGAUCAUGACUAGCAUCCAUGCUGGAGAACCAGGAGAUCUUGACAAUACGUUUGCCGUCCUAAUUCGCUACGGGCUGAUCGAGAGAGGUCCUGAUCACUACAACCUGAAACGGAAGAGUCCGACCUUCGGGGGCGCUGGCGAGGAUUUGCCAGACGUGAAAGCAGUCGCGCCUGAUCUGUCUGAAUCACAGACUGACGGUAGCCUGGAGACGAUGGUCUCGUCUGUAUACCGCAGUGCUAUUGAUGUGAUCAAGAUCCACAGUGUCGUACAAAGGUUUUGUCGCGAUGAGCUGAUACUGAUGGACGAUGAGCAGCGCCAGUUACCUAACUCCCAACGGAGGAGUCCCGACAGAGGUAUGCAGGAUGCAGGAUUCCAUGAUUCCUGGUUGGUUGUUGCAACGAGGGUCUUCUGCAAAUCUUACGAAAAUGCGAGCAUGAAGAUGCGAGACUCGAAGGACUCCGGGCUGGUCAAGGACUAUCGGGAGUAUGAGACACACGCAGGAACCCUUGCUGAACACUUCUCGAAGAAAAAGCUCUCGGUCUCGCCGCCUAUUGUUCGUGAAGCCCGUGAGCUCCUGAAACAGGUCGCCAAGAGCAUCAAGAAAGACAUCCAAAGAAUAUCACCCAGUUCAUCCCAGGAGUCGUUUCGACACCAGAAGUCAAUCUUCGACCGUUCAAGUAGCUCCUCAUCCUUUCCUGAGUCAUCGUCCGCAGACGAGGGCCCGGGACGCUGGGAUGGAAGUGAGACCGGUUCCAUAAGAGUCGAGUCCCCGCAGGAAAUGAGGCCUAGUCAUCGCGUCCGUCUGGAUCCUUUCCCUCCGCAUAUCUACAGAGGAUCCUCUCAAGAACCGGACGCGGGAUAUGAGACCGACGGAGAAGGCAGACGCAGAGCUCAUGGAACAUCCCCCACGCUCUCCCAGAUAACGGAGAAGCCGACGCCGCCUGCCUCGAGCCCUCCUCAAUCGUCAGAGGAACAAGGUUGGGAGGUAGUCCAUAGACCUAGGUCGAAGAUUCCCAUUCCAGCCAGGAGUUCCCGGCCCAAAGGCAGAAGAACCUCUCGAGACCUUGGCCAGUUCAGGCCAAAGCCGGCCCUUACCAAGCUCUCUUCGGUUCAAUGUAAGGGCGCUGUUCGAGACCCAAUAUCGGCACCGAUCUCGAGAGCUGAGGCAUCGCUGGCCGCAAUGCAUCUGCCUUCACGCAGAGGUUCUCAGCCUAUUACUCGUGGACAGCUCCACAAAUCAAACAGUGUAACUUACGCAACGAUUGCGGCCGGGCCAUCGCGAGGAAGAGGACGAGCAAAGACUCUAUCAUCCAGGGGUAGUUCUCCGUCUCCUGCCUCAGCAGCCCUAGCUCGUUCUGCUAUGCCCCUACGGAACCAUUCGUCAGGAGACUCGCUGAGAAGUCGCUCUAGCAACGUACAAUCCUCACCUUUCUCAGCAGAGGCAAAAUUAAGCCACUCUGCCCAUAGCGAAUCUGGUCUUGCACUUCCUGGAUCUAGUCCGAGGACUCUGGAGCCAGUCUCAGCACCUGGCUCUCGCCGUCAUUCCCGUCAAGGGUCUUCCUCUAGAUCCGUGGACAUCACCAGAGAACUGUCUUCUGGCCUUUCCCCUGGAGGUCUUCCGCCGCUACCUUACGAUGAGGAAAUUUCGAUAACUCGUCGGCAGCAUGCUGGUUCAACUUCCAUGUCACCUGUUACGUCUCCCCCGAUGCGUUCCCGCAGUCCAGUCCCACAUCCUUCAGCAAUUCUACCAGGGGCGUCACCCACUCAUAUACCGGGAGGUUACACAUCUGAGCCGCCGAUCUCUGACGGCGAGCCCAUGUCUCGAGGCCCUUCGGCGCAGUCGACUCAAUCCUGGCACACAGAUCCUACUAACAUCCGAUACCAACCUGCAGGCACCGCUAUUCCAACCAUCGGACCUGCUAUACCAGCGACACCGCUCAAUGGACCUUCUCAGUUCAUCCCACAACCGCAGUUGUUAUCGGGCACUGGAGGUUGGGCUGGAAAUGGCAACGAGAAUGUCUUGCAACCGGAGGCCGCUUAUAUUCCUCAGGAUGUUCGUGCAGCUCAUCUCAGCGGGCAAUGGACAAGAUUCGAAUACGGUGGAGAGCCUGAAUCCUUGUAUCCUAGUGAUCUUGCGUACAGCCUCCACGAUCCACGGCGCAGACUUCAGAAUUAUGGACCCGUGCAGGAAGGAGGACUGCCUCGCCAUAUUCCAACACAUAAUGCCGGUGUCUCGGUCGUCCCUCCUGCUGUGUCGUCAACCUCUUCGCCACAGAUUCCCUUUGCACGGGGAAGCGCAGUUCGACGAGCAAGGAGCGGCAGUUCUCCCUCGCGCGGCAUCAGCGGCCUCGGAUUGCGCAUGUGAUUUGGGUCCAGUCAUCAUUUUUCGUUUCUGCUUAUGUUUAUUCCCCUUCACAUCUCUGUGUUUGUGAGCUUCUUAUUCUUUCCGAUGUACACCUCAUGAGCUCCAGUCAGUGCAUGACUGGACACUGGACUGUUGAGCUUUCAUUUCGUUCUGCCGAUGCUCAUAUUGUCGUUGUUCUUUCCAGUUUGAUUCCCAA